GCAUUAUCUUUUGAUGUUGUAAUUAGAAUUUGAAGACCACCCGUUUUCCUUUACUUGACAACUUGUAAAAUAUAAACCAAAAAAAAAGAAGGAUGCCAACAUUGAAGUUGUCCACCAACAUUCCGGUUGACCCAGUGAUUGCUUCUGACAUUCUCAAAGAUGCCACAAAAGCUGUUGCUAAAACCAUUGGAAAACCCGAAUCUUAUGUUAUGAUUUUGAUCGAUGGAGGUGUUCCAAUAGCAUUUGCUGGUACGGAAGAGCCAGCUGCAUAUGGAGAAGUGAUUUCAAUUGGAGGGCUUAACCCGAGUGUUAAUGGGAAGUUGAGCUCAACCAUUGCAGAUAUUCUUCAAACAAAACUUUCUAUUGACAGUUCACGUUUCUAUAUCAAGUUCUAUGAUGUUGAGCGCUCCUUUUUUGGCUUUAAUGGAUCGACGUUUUAAUUGGAACUUCUACACAAGAAGCAUAUUAUUGUACUCAUAUUUGGACAAACUUCAUUAUUUUUAUGUUGUAUCAUACUGUAGUCAUUUUAUUCUUG